UAAAAGACUGCGAGAAUGGGUUAUCUUUGUUUUAUAAAUGUUUACAUAAAAUACAUGGAAAAGAGAAAUGGACAAGAAAAGAGAUAGAGGAUAGCAUGGAGCGAAUGGAACAUUGUGAUACCACAAAAUUUUUUAGACUCAUGGAGAACAACCCACGUAGAUUAGUUUAUUGGUGUGAAGAACAAUUUGAGGAAACAUUAGAAAGAAAGAAGUACUAUAAUCAUCCUAUGCUUUCAUUUAUUGUUGACUUAACAGAACCAGAAGAGAUUAUGAAAUUUCUCCCAAUUCCUAUUUAUAAUAAUAUAGCCUGUAUUCCAAAUCUUUAUCACAGUGAACCAUUAUCAAGCUUUGAAGAUUUAUUCACAAAAUUCUAUGACGAUAGAGAAAGAUAUUUAUAUGAUGAUUUUGGAAAGGGAACUUGGAGCCGCCUUACAUUAGAUCCUUUGUUAAAAAUCCUCACGCGUCAAUUGAAUUUUUGGUUUUUAAUGAAGGCUGCUGGUACAACACAAGAGAUUUUGUAUGAAGAAACAUCUGGUACCCCAUUUGCAUCCAAACCAGAUAAAAAUUCUUCUGAUUUAUACAAGUUGUUUUGA